CUACAGCUUCCUAUUUACGUAUUGGAUAGAUAUCAGUGACAUAACAAAAAGAAGAAUAAUAUGUCAAAUACAAUUAUUCUAAAUGCGUAUUCAAACCGUAAACUUUGUACAUAAUCAAAUUUUAAAAAAAAUGUGUGAUCGAGCAAAAUGCAUAUUUUGUCGUAUAUGUGAUAAUUUAGAGAAUAAUGAAAUUGUCUAUUCAGAUGAAAAAGUGAUAGCUUUUCAUGAUAUAAAACCAGUGGCAAAAACACACUUAUUAAUUGUACCCAGAGUACAUAUCAAAAAUGCCAAAACAUUAGCAUCUACUGAUAAAGAAUUAGUUGAACACUUGGUAGAUGUGGGUAAACAAUUGCUAAAUAACUCUGAAAAUGGAAAAUUGGAUGAUUCCUUAAUAGGUUUCCAUUGGCCACCAUUAACAAGUAUUAAUCACCUACAUUUACAUGUAAUUUCGCCUGCAUCGGAAAUGAAUUUAUUACAUUGGCUGCAAUUUAAACCAAAUUCUUAUUGGUUUGUUAGUGCUACAGGCAUGGAGGCUAACUUAGCUUUGAGGUCUCAGGUGUGAUACAGAAAUAUCCAAGAAAUUAAGGAAUCAUGUAAAUUAAUAAUUAAUCUUAAUUUCAUACAGUUAACUGGACAUUUUUGUAUCAUAGCUCGGAGGUAAGCUAGUCAUUAUGUUGAUCACCUGUGUUGUCUGUUUUCCUUUUUAUCAAGUGGUAAUAAAACAACUGCCGACAAAAUACUUACCCCAGGUGGGGCAUCAGUUUAUAUUUUAGUUUAUUAUUUGAUUUUAUUACGAACUUCCUGAAUAUUGACUAGAACUGAGUUUGACAACCUCAGCAAAAUUAAGAAUUAUUCAUUUUGAGAGAAC